UCAUCCUCGGUCGAUCACCGUUAAAGAGAGAGAAAGCUUAAGAGACGAGGAAUGCAAUCCCUACAGCAGAAGGCGUCGGAGUGGAGCGGGGUGGCGGCGAGCGACGCCUUCGCCAUCGACGACACCAACAUCUUCCAAGCCCUCGGUGGAAUCCAGCCCUUCAUCGACCUCUCCACCAACUUCUACAACAGGGUCUACGAUGACGAGGAGGAGUGGUUCCGGUCGAUCUUUGCUAAUUCGAAGAAGGAGGAUGCGAUCCAGAACCAGUACGAGUUCUUCGUGCAGAGGAUGGGAGGCCCCGAUCUCUAUUCCCAGAGGAAAGGCCAUCCAGCGCUGAUUGGACGACAUGCCCCGUUUCCGGUUACUCAUCAGGCAGCCGAGAGGUGGCUGUACCACAUGGAACAAGCAUUGGAAAGCAUCCCGAGCAUUGAUCCGGAUUCAAAAGUCAAAAUGAUGAAUUUUUUCAGGCACACUGCUUACUUUCUUGUAGCUGGGAAUGAGAUGAUCAAGCAAAGGCAAGCAGUUCAAAGAAAUCAGGCAACAAGUGACUCGACAUCCUCAUAGGAUUUAAAUUGCUUGCUGUACGAUUGAUAGACUCGUUACAUGACAUCUUAUGCAUACAAAUCAACCAUAUCAGAUGAUCAUAAAGGUUCAUCUCUACGAGAUGACCUGACAAUUGUGCUAUUGGAUGCUGUCAUGUGCUGAUGUGAGCUGCAGCAAUUGCUGCUCGCCGUUCAUUAUGCCUGUGCAAUUUGAAACUUUGGAAUUGGCAAGUCAUCCAUUAUCCUCUUGAA